AAUUACUACGUGCGUCUUAGACGUCUGAGUGGAGGGGUUCAGUAAUUUACCGCCGGUGUUUAAUGACGUGUAAUCAUCUGUCGAGCUGAAACGGCGCGUUCUUUCUCUCACGAGUAACUCGCUGUAACUCGCUGUUCAGCAAAAAUCACUGUUCCACAGAUGGCAACGUGCAGGCAGGUCCUAAUUGUGACAGCUCUCCUGCUGUUCCAGGCCUGUUUGUUGGAUGCGGCUGGUGACUGUGGGCCACUUACGGUUGCGACAGACAGUCUUUUAGCAGAGACAACGCAGCAGAAGCAUCUGCAUGCGAUAUUCCUGAAGUAUGGCGAGAAUGGGACCAUCUCCUUGUCUGGUCUGCAAAGGCUGCUUGAGGGGUUGGGGCUAGACCGCAUCAGGAGGCUUACAGUGCAACACCAUGGAAACAAACAUGACCACACUAAUUCGCAUACACACUCGCAAACACACACACACAAACACCCUCCACACACACAUUCUUUUGGUAGCAAGAAGGAUGGUGAUGGUUCCGGUGUGGAGAAGAGUGACUCCGCCUCCAGUGCGCAUCCUGACUCGAAUUCCAUGAAGAAGAGCCAAUCAGAUAGUCACCACAAUCUCUACAUAAAGAGAGAUUCUGAUGCUACUGCCAUGCUGACCACACCAUCUUAUGUCACCAAAUUACACCGGGCAGAGCGCAGUGCGGAUUACAGCGUGGACUCCGACUCUUCCCAGCCCAAUACAACACACUCCAAUGACACCUACCACACUGAGAACACAUCCACACACAUGGAUGACCACAAUCAUCAUGACAAGGAUGAACAUAGUCCAGUAAGCUAUAACUUUACUCAGGAGUGCCAGAAUGCUACGAUGAUUUUGCAGACGCAUGGCAUGUUCCAAGAAAUGCCUCUCUCUGUUAAUGACUUCAGCUUCCUUUGUCCUGCCCUCCUUGUGCAGAUUGAUUUUAAGUCAUGCCUUCUGCAUGCUGAGAACCAAUCAGAAUAUAAAGAUCAUGUUCACCAUCAUCACCACCACCAUGAUAAGGCAAAUGGAAGCCAGAAAACUGCUUCCAUUUAUGUGGCUUGGAUUGGAGGUUUUCUCUCUAUUACAAUAAUCAGUCUGCUGGCUCUGGUGGGUGGAGUCUUAAUACCACUCAUCAACAAAGUCUGUUUCAACUUCCUGCUCAGCUUCUUGGUUGCCCUCGCAGUAGGCACACUCAGUGGAGAUGCCUUCCUGCAUCUUAUACCACAUUCUCAGGGUCACCACAAGCACCAUCACGGUUCCAGUGAGAGCUUGGAGCAUGGUCUCCAUGGCGACAGUGAAGAUUCCCUUAAGCCUGUUUGGACGGGGUUGACCGCGUUAGGUGGAGUCUACAUCAUGUUUCUCAUCGAGCAUUUCUUGACGCUUGCAAAAAUGUAUAAAGACAAGAAACAAAAGGUUAGACUUGCACAAGUGCAGAAAAGAGUUGACUUGGCUGUUGAAACUGUAGAUUCUUCCGUGUCUGUUACUGCAGACGCCAAUGUUAAACCACAGGAUGACUCCGAGCUGAAUGGCAGACAUGCCUGGGAAGAGGCUGUGCCAGAGGAAGAAGAAGUAAUGUUAUCUCAGCGGCCCUACACAGAUGAAGAUUGCGAGAACAAGUGCCACUCCCACUUCCACGAUACUGUUGGCCAGUCAGAUGAGCAGCACCACCAUCACCACAACUACCACCAUAUUCUGCAUCACCACCACUCUCAAAAUCAUCAUCCACACACUCACACACACAGGCAUACACAGUCUUAUUCUGUCCAGCAUUUCGAAAAUGCUGGGGUUGCUACCCUUGCCUGGAUGGUCAUUAUGGGAGAUGGCCUGCACAACUUUAGUGAUGGGCUAGCUAUAGGAGCUGCAUUUACAGAGAGUUUGUCUAGUGGUCUCAGCACUUCAGUCGCUGUGUUCUGCCAUGAACUUCCUCAUGAGCUUGGGGAUUUUGCAGUUUUGCUAAAGGCUGGAAUGUCUGUUAAACAGGCAAUUCUUUAUAAUUUGCUCUCAGCAAUGAUGGGCUAUUUGGGAAUGAUUACCGGCAUUCUGAUUGGUCACUAUGCUGAGAAUGUGGCCACAUGGAUCUUUGCUCUCACGGCUGGGCUUUUCAUGUAUGUCGCACUGGUGGACAUGGUCCCAGAGAUGCUACAUAAUGAUGCAAGUGAAGCAGGCUUCAGUCAUUAUGGAUUCUUUGUUCUGCAAAAUGCUGGGAUCCUGCUUGGUUUUGGCAUCAUGCUCGUCAUCGCCAUGUUUGAACACAAGAUUCAACUCAGUAUUGAAUUCUGAUGUGGUCACCCCACUGCCCUGUUAGCACCUCCUUCAUGGUUUAUAGUAAUACCUUAUUCAUUAACCUGUAAACGUUUACAUUUACAUUUUACAGAUACUGGAAUGUUCCACUAGAAAUACUUCGUAUGGGUUCCUCUCUAGGAACUAGCAAUAUGUUUCCUCUGUGCAAACUGUGACCAUUUCAUGCUUUUGUGUGUCUGCAAUGUCAAAGACAACAAAAUGUUUUUGCUGGGAUAAAGUUGAAAAGUGCAUGAGCUCAAUUGUUAAUGUACUAAUACAAAAAUUCAAGGAAAAAAAAGAGUCUUUUGAAAAAGUGGAGAUUGUAGAAGCAUUGUGUAAUUAUUUAGGUACGCUGCACAAACUACAACAGUAUUAUUGAGAAUAAUGUGCUGGUACAGAGUGUACAUAUUGUAAAUCUGUGAAGUGUUUUCUUUUUCUAGUUUUUAUGUUUCUGUUUGGGAGUUGUUGUUCACUAGCAUAUUACUAGCAAUGUGGGGGGAAAAUAAAACCAGUUGGACUUAUUUGACUCCCUAGAAUUUGUUUUAAUGUACAGUCGUACCUGUAGCCAAACGUUUUUAGUUGGUCACUGAAAUAUUAACCAAAAAAAAGUUACCAAAGUUGUGGGGGGUAAUAAAUUCUGUCUGAGAAUGAAGUUGAAAUACUUGAACACAGGCAUUACAUAUGGUUUUAAAACAGUUUUGUCCUGUUGUAGCCUGACACAUGGAUGCAUUGGGUAGAAUUAUUGCCUCGUAAAUCUAGGGUGCUGUUUGAUCCAGAGACUGAAUGUGCAUGUUUUUUUUUUUUUCCAUUUAAAUGAAUUUCCUGUGGCUUAGUCGUUAAUGACGAGCCACUAGGAUGGUGACCAGGAUAUGUAACAUUGACAUUGAUGAGAGUAAAACCUCUUGGUUGACCUGC